CCUGAGUUUCUUUUCUCAGGCUUGCCAUGGCGCAUUCGUCUUUGUUUACGUUUCGUCCGAAUCCUGUCAAAACAAAGAAUAAACUUUAUUAUUGAUUGGCAGCUGUGACAGACAAUGUCGUCGGAAACGAUUCCGGCAUGCGACACCUUGAGGAUUCUCCAUCUGCCGCCUCAGUUGUCCGACGAUCGGCGCAAUUCGUUACUGCAGAGAUAUGGCGCGAUAAAAACCAGAACACUGAGACGGUCCAGCAAGUACACCGUCACCUUUGCCAAAUUCGCCUCCCAGCAAAUGGCGACGGAUGCGUUGCUGCGCCUGCAUCAGUUAAACGUUAAAGGACAAUAUCUGUCGGUUGAGUAUGCCAAGAAGUCGACACCAGCCGAGCUCUCAGAGCUGGAGCCUCAGCGUGAACCACCCACAGACAACGAUGUUAAAGCAAAGGCUACUAGUAAGACUGAUCUUCAAGCCUUCCAAAAGAAGUUGAACAGUUGGACUAUGAAUCACGUGUUCAGUCAAGCACCUCCACCAAAUAUAAGGUACAAAUAUAUGGCACCUACAAAGAAUACACUGAUGCGGAUAGCCAUACAACUGUGGAAGGAACCAGCUUUUUACACACAGGUAUUGCACUUAAUGAAUAAAAUGAACCUACCACCUCCUUUUGAGGAACUGGAAGGAGAAUUUCCCAUGCUGAGAGAAGCUUACAAUAUGGAGAAGUACAAGAAUAUCUUUGGCAAUGUAGUGAUCAAUAAAGAUGCAUUACAUGAACGUACGAAUGAAGAGGAGGAGGAGGAGGAGGAGUCAGAAAUAGAAUCAGAUGCAGAAGAUAACGUCAGGCCUGCACAGAUUAUUCCCGUUAAAAGAAAACUACCACAACCUAAGAGACGUUUGAAGAUCCUAAAGUUUGUAAAUCCGACCAAGAACAUCGCGGCUCCUUCGUCCACGCAAAAAGUACUCAAACCGGAAGAUUUAUUCGAGGCCGUUCAACUCGGGGAAACUAAGAAUCUCAAGAUCGAACUGAAGACUCUGGAUAAGUCGUUAGACGCAGCAUCCGUUACUCAAGACAGUGCCGUGGCAGUUGAUGGCGGAUUUGGCUUAAUAUUCCCGGUUAAUAAGGCUGCUGAAGACGCGAAGGACAGCGAGGGGAGUGCGGAUACGCCGAAGAACAAAUUUAUAACUACCGAAGAGUUAGAAGCCAAUAGAAUCUCCGCCAACGAUCAGAGAGUGCUUCCCGUGUUCAAGAAUUAUUAUCCGGGCAAACCUUCUAAUCGACUCUACAUAAAGAAUCUUGCGAAACAAGUGGAAACGAAGGACUUACAUUACAUUUAUCAAAGAUAUGUUAUCGCGGGAUUGAAAGACGCAGAGACGAAAUAUGAUUUACGACUUAUGCAAGAAGGCAGAAUGAAGGGACAAGCUUUUGUCACCCUGCAGAAUAACGUUCAGGCUCAAAUGGCUCUCGACGAGACCAAUGGAUAUAUAUUAAAAGACAAGCCUAUGGUUGUACAGUUUGCGAAAGCUGCCAAAAGUUAACACAAAGAUUGUUUUCGUUAUAGUAUAAUUUUAACUUGUUUUUUAAUGUGUAGUUGUAAAAUAGAGCAAUGAAUCGUUUGCUAUUUGUAUUUUUUAUAAUAAAGCAUUUAAUUACAUCA